ACACACCACAUCACCAUUUUAAUAACAUGUAGUACUAAGGUACUCACACUGAGAGAGAGAGAUAGAGACGACGGCGAUGGAGAGGGCUGAGCAAGCCAGCGACACCGUACCGAGCUCAUGGGGAGGACACAGCAAUCGCAUAGCAGCUGUUAACCUUGAGAAGAAACCACAGCCUGCUACCAUUGAUGAUCUUGAUGAGCAUGGCCAUAACCACACAACUCACGAUCAAAAACCAGGAUGGAGAAAGUUUCUGUCAUAUGUUGGACCUGGUUUCCUGGUUUCUUUGGCUUAUCUUGAUCCCGGCAACUUGGAAACUGAUUUGCAAGCAGGAGCUGACCAUGGAUAUGAGCUGCUAUGGGUUAUACUUAUUGGACUAGUAUUUGCUCUCAUAAUUCAAUCACUGGCAGCAAAUCUUGGUGUUAGCACUGGAAAACAUCUGGCAGAGGUAUGCAAGGCUGAGUAUCCAAAUUUUGUGAAGUACUGCCUAUGGCUGCUGGCCGAGAUAGCUGUCAUAGCUGCCGAUAUUCCCGAAGUGAUUGGGACAGCUUUUGCCUUAAAUAUACUGUUUCACAUCCCAGUCUGGAUUGGAGUUCUUUGCACUGGUCUUAGCACUCUCCUCCUCCUCGGCCUGCAGAAAUAUGGGGUGAGGAAGCUUGAAAUGUUAAUAGCAGUUCUAGUAUUUGUAAUGGCAGGAUGUUUCUUUGGGGAAAUGGGUCAUGUUAAUCCACCAGCUUCUGAGGUUUUCAAAGGCAUGUUUGUCCCCAAGCUCUCCGGCCAAGGAGCCACCGGCGACGCCAUUGCCCUUCUUGGUGCCCUUGUCAUGCCUCAUAAUCUCUUUCUUCACUCAGCUCUUGUACUUUCUAGAAAAAUACCUAAUUCUGUUCGAGGCGUCAAUGAUGCUUGCCGGUAUUUCCUUAUAGAGAGUGGAUUUGCACUAUUUGUGGCAUUUUUAAUCAAUGUGGCAGUUGUGUCUGUCUCGGGGACGGUUUGCUCAGCUCAGAACAUCUCACAAGAGGAAGCAGACAGAUGCAGUGAUCUCACCCUCAACUCUGCUUCUUUCCUUCUUCAGAAUGUAUUGGGAAAAUCAAGCUCUACACUAUAUGCUAUUGCCCUUUUAGCCUCAGGUCAAAGCUCUGCUAUAACAGGAACUUAUGCUGGACAGUACAUUAUGCAGGGUUUCUUGGAUCUUAAGAUGAGAAAAUGGAUUAGAAACCUGAUGACUAGAUGUAUUGCCAUUACACCUAGUCUUAUUGUUUCAAUUAUUGGUGGAUCACAGGGUGCAGGUCGUCUAAUCAUAAUUGCAUCGAUGAUACUCUCAUUUGAACUUCCAUUUGCACUCAUCCCACUUCUCAAAUUCAGCAGCAGUUCCACCAAGAUGGGGCCACACAAGAACUCAAUAGUUAUAAUAGUUAUCUCCUGGAUUCUGGGUCUAGGCAUCAUUGGAAUCAAUGUAUAUUAUCUAGGUACAGGCUUUGUGGGUUGGCUACUUAACAAUGAUCUACCAAAAGUUGGGAAUGUGUUGAUUGGGAUCAUAGUAUUUCCUCUAAUGGCAAUCUAUGUACUUUCAGUUAUCUACCUAACUGUUAGAAAAGACACAGCUGUAACAUUUAUAGAGCCAAUGAAGGAAGAUCCAACGGUUGUCCAAGCAAAUAACAUGGAAGUUGGCAGAUUAGGCAAUUCUAUUGAGGCUCUGGAGUUGGAUCAUGUGCCUUAUAGAGAUGAUUUAGCUGACAUCCCCCUGCCAAAAUAGAGGCUUGCCAGCUACUUUUGGACCACAUUUAUCGGUUUCAAAGCUAAAGAUUAUUAGAUAAUAAUAAAUGUUUUUCUUUUCUUUUUUCUCCUUAAGCGGAUGCUUCCCUGUUGUCUUCCUCUUGGCUCUAGAGUUUAUUAUAAUGAGCCUUGGACCUCUGUUGUUUAUAACUGUUUUCAAGCUUUGGAAGCUUCUCUCUUUUGGCUGGUUUUAAAGCUGUAAUUGCUGGGCUUGAGUCUUGGUUCAAUGAAUUUCAAUUGCUUUUCAAAAAAAAAAAAUAAAAAAAAUGAUAAGAACCAUUUAAAGCAGAACAUCUUCAGUCUUCA